UUUGUACUUUUUAUGAUAUAAUUAUGCAUUAUGACUUGCCUGUGUGAUUGUAAAUUAGCAAUGGGUAUUGAGAUGAUAAAAGAAACACAAGUAUUUUGUUUCGCUCAAGGUGAGGACUGACCGUGAUGAUUUCUGAGUGGACAUUUGUUACGGACAUGUUUUGACUACUAUGAAGGAAACGGACCGUUCAGAUUGGUCAGAGUUGAGAGGUAAAGCCUUACACUGCUAUCACUGCUGCCUUUGACCCUCAGAUUGCCUCAUCUGCUGAGGCUUUACAGUAUAUACAGUUUAUACAGUAUAUACAGGUCCAACAUUGACCUGUAUCCAUACAGAGCUGCUUAUUGCAUGUGUACAAAUGAACUAAAUGACAUGCCGGGAGCUUUGUUAUGUAAGAAAUGUCCCAAUAAAUCCAAGACGAUAUACUGUACAUGGUUGCAGUGCAAUAAACCAACAUAGAUUUUUAAGGUAUUUCCAAUCUUAAUGUUAAAUGAUUUUAUGUACAGUACUGGAAUUGUUUAGAUCCAGUGGACUAAUAUUAGAAUUAAAUUAAGUAGUGCCACAAACAUUAUUGGGACCUCCUCAAGUUAAGCUAACUCAUGUAAAAACCGUUCUUCCAAUAUAUAAAUCAAGUACUUUGCUCAAGUUAGAGAGGAGGAUACCGGGAACAGAUUAUGUCAUGCCUCUCGGUCCCUUGGCAGCAUAAAACAGUCAAACUUAAACAUAUGUCUCUUCAUCAUUUCCAAAGGUUUAAUUGCUUGAAUUGUCAAGGGAAAACUGAAUGCCAGGCUUUUCCGUAAAACGUACUUCCCCAGAUCCUAAUGUGGUGUUGUCAUUGUUAAACCAAACAUUACAACAUAACUUCUGCAAUUAAUUAUUAAAGAAUUUAAGUAAAUAUUUACUUUUUUUUUAAAACCCUGCUUCAUUAUGUUAGCCCCAAAGAUUGUAAUGAACUCAAUAAGGAUUACGUUUCCUAUGGACGAGUCAUUUUGAUGUAUUAAAAUAACAUAUACUGUACAGCUUUGUGGUGAAAAUACAUUUUAAAAUGAGUGACUACACACAGACAAAGAAAUGUCGCAAAGGUGAAACGAAGGUAGAGAUUUAGAGGUUUCUGUUUUUGAAUAUAAUAAUCCAUAUACAAUUAUGAUAGUAAUCAGUUCAACAGCGCCAUCAUCUGGGUUAUAAUAGUCAUUUGGUUUUAAUUUCGGUAAAACAUAGUUCCUUCUUUCCUGUUUCCGGACAAGUAUUGAUGUAACACAGUCCGAUUACCAAACAUCCGCUGUAGUUUAUUGCAGCUAUUAUGAAAGCCGGACAGGUGACCACCACUUCGUAACACUGCCAGUGAACAUACCCAGACAGAUGGCCUUGUUUGAAUGGCUUAUUUAGCUCCUCGGCUUGGACACUUUCGCAUCUUUAAGCACAGUGUGUCCGCGUGCAGGCUGCUCGGCACGGCCGGGAUGGCCGACAUGGGUCUGGCGCUGAGUCGGUCCCCGCUGGAGAGGCUCGACUUCGACAACGUUGCGCUCAAGAAACUUCCCCUGGACUCGUCCGAGGAGCCGGGGGUGCGGCAGGUGAAUGGCGCGUGUUUCUCCCGGGUGAAGCCGCAGCCGGUGACCAAGCCUCGCUUCGUGGCGGUGUCUCACGAAGCUCUCGCACUGUUGGGGCUGAACGGAGAGGAGGUCAUGACCGACCCGCUCGGGCCGGAGUACCUCAGCGGGUCAAGAGUCAUGCCGGGCUCCGAGACCGCCGCUCACUGCUACUGCGGACACCAGUUCGGCCAGUUCGCCGGGCAGCUGGGCGACGGGGCGGCCAUCUACCUGGGCGAGGUGAAGGUCCCUCCCGGCCAAGACUCCGACCUGCUCCGGGAAAACCCGAGCGGCCGAUGGGAGAUUCAGGUGAAAGGAGCUGGAAAGACUCCUUUUUCCAGACAAGCUGACGGACGUAAGGUCCUGCGCUCCAGUAUAAGAGAGUUCCUGUGCAGUGAGGUGAUGUUCUUCCUGGGUGUCCCCACCACCAGAGCAGGCUCCGUAGUCACCUCUGACAGCAGGGUUGUACGAGAUGUGUACUACAGCGGGAACCCUCGUAACGAGAGAUGCUCUGUGGUCCUCCGCAUUGCCCCCACCUUCCUCAGGUUCGGAUCCUUUGAGAUCUUCAAGCAGGCCGAUGAAUCUACGGGCCGUCAGGGCCCCAGCUAUGGACGUCAUGAGAUCCGAAGUCAGAUGAUGGAUUAUGUCAUUGAGAUGUUUUACCCUGAGAUCCAGCGGAAUCACCCAGAUAGGGUGGAGAGGAACGUGGCUUUCUUCAGAGAGGUGAUGCUGCGCACGGCUCGACUCGUGGCUCAGUGGCAGUGUGUGGGUUUCUGCCAUGGAGUCCUGAACACGGACAACAUGAGCAUCCUGGGGCUCACGCUGGACUACGGUCCAUAUGGAUUCAUGGACAGGUUUGAUCCAAAUUUCAUUUGCAACGCUUCUGACAACUCCGGCCGAUACUCCUACCAGGCGCAGCCGGCUAUCUGCAGGUGGAACCUGGUGAAGCUGGCGGAGGCUCUCGCUCCAGAGCUGCCACCGGACCGGGCUGAGGAAGUUGUGGAUGAGUACCUCGAUCUGUACAACGGCUUCUACCUGGAGACCAUGAGGAAGAAGCUGGGCUUAUUGAAGAAGGACGAGCCGGAGGAUGAGAUCCUGAUCAUAGAGCUGCUGCAGACCAUGCACAACACAGGAGCUGACUUCACCAACACCUUCCGUAGCUUGAGUCAGAUUUCCUGUCCCACUGAGGGUGAAGAGGAAGAGGAGCUCGUGAGGAAGGCCACAGAGCUCCUGCUGCAGCAGUGCGCCUCCUUAGAGGAGCUCAAGGCUGCCAACAAACCCACUAUGGAUACACGUGAGCUGGCCAUGCUGCUCUCCAUGGCUCAGAGCAACCCAGCGCUGUUCCAGAUGAUCUCAGACAGGGCGACAAUUGCGAGGCAGUUGGAGAUACUCAGCAAACUGAAAGGCCUGAUGGAGACCAGCCAGGAAGAGCUGCAAAGCAAACAUGCGGAGGACUGGAGCGGCUGGAUCACACGCUAUAGGAAGCGUCUGGCACGGGAGCUGGAGGGCCAGAGCGAUGUGAGGGCGCUGCAAGAGGAGAGGGUGAGGGUGAUGGACAGCACCAACCCUCGCGUGGUACUCAGGAACUACAUCGCCCAGAAUGCAAUUGAGGCUGCUGAAAAUGGAGACUUCUCUGAGGUCCAGCGGGUCCUCAAAGUUCUGCAGAAGCCUUUCUCUUCACAGCCCGGGCUGGAGAGUCCUGCCUGGGUGGGCCGAGGCCAGACCACCGACCAGGGGGAGCGGGAUGAAGAAGAAGAAGAGGAGGAGGAGGAGGAGCAGCAGCAGCAGCAGGAGGCGGCGGCAGCGGCGGUAUCUUCAUCUUCAUCAACAGCCAGAACUCCUGUUCCCUACGACAGCAAGCCCCCAACCUGGGCCAAUGAAAUCUGUGUCACAUGAUCUUCGUAAUAACUUCCUUGAUUGUUUCCUGCCUAAAAUAAUGAGAGAGGUAUAAGGCGUUUUAAAUAUGUUUAUGUCUGUACAACUCUUUAUUACUUGGGCAGGCAGCGUCUUGGAAGUUAGCAUGAGGCGCGACACCCCACAGGUUACCCAACUCUUACAAGGCAGACAGGGAGAUUAAUUGGUGCACAAAAGCAAAUACAAAUAUGAUAUAUGCUUAGGUUAUAUGAAAAGCUUGUCUCUGUAACUGAAGAUUGCAGGACAAUGGAUUUAAAGUCCUUCUUAUAUAUGAUUGGCUUUAACAUCAAAAGUAAUCUAUAUAUAAGAAAUUUGGUUCGAUGAGUGUUUUUGCUGAUCCCCUUGAAUGCAAGACGCAUUAAUGGUGGCAAAAACAUGACCAAUAAACAUGAAUGGCACAAAAUAAUAAUAGUUUGAAAAUGCAUCAAAAUGCAUUUUUGAAGAAAAACUGUGACUACACUAAGAAGCCAAUCAGAUCGUUCCCUGCCUGCUUGGGAUUUGUUUAGGUAUUAAUGACGACUCGGGCAUCAAGUCCUUCAGUGACCUGUCUGACUCUGAAAAACUGUGGGGUGUCACCUCAAAAGAAACCAAAAAACAACAUGUGUGAGAGAGAGAGAGAGAGAGAUAUGAUGAUUUUAGGAAUGUAUUUGUGUGAAUGGUUAUGAUCCAACAAGCCGCAGUUGAUAAACAUGCACAAUAUUCUCCUGUUGUAGAAACAUUUGCCUUUUCCAUUGUCACAGCACCACUUUAUAACCUAGAGACGACUGUCGAGCAAAGUAGAAAUCGGGUUUUGAAAAUAAAACGUUCUAAGGUGAA